UACGCGAAGAGCAACUUCGAAGAAGAUCGACUCCACCGAGCAAGAGGCAGUUCUGGCUUUGCCGCGGAGCAAAUGACGGUGGAGAGUGAGGACUCAUUCAUAUCAAACAACAGCUCGCCACCUGUCCCUGACUCUCCCACCAACAUGCACGAGAACGUGACGUUGACUGAAACAAAGUUCACAUUCGAAGCGGCUGUGACAGCUCCAGAAGAGGAAUGCAACAAGCGACCGCGGCUUAUGUUGGAUGACCACAAAACCAUCCAAGACCACACCAUAGAAGAAAAAAAAGACACAAUCAUUGAGAAAGAUAUGAUGGAGGAGAAAGAUAAGUACCAGAAGAUGAUCGUUUGCGGGGGUGAAGAAACAAAGGACAAGAAGCAGGUGUUUGAGUCAACGAGGGAGGAGUGGAUGUCGACGGGAAGCUGCCUGGCACUGGAGAGAGCACAGCGGAAGCCGCGGUCGGAGAGACGCAGUAUCUCGAUGGAGUCAGCUCCCACGCUGAGGAGGGAUGAGAUCCGUGGAGCAACCAUCCUUGUGCAGCAGGCAUCCGUCACCGAUCGCACCUCUCCCGAGGCCGCCGACUUCGAGAUCAAAUAUAUAACAUGCUCACACCAUAGCCGCUCACAGUCGGUGAAAACGCCUCGCGGGGUCAACUCACGCCACCGCCCCAACUAUCUAUGUUUGCCACAGCAACGCUCGAGGGUGGCCUCCAUGCCCAACACAGGGGUCGAGGAGGAGUACUACCGACUGCGACACUUCUCCAUCACUGGCAAGGGAGUUGUCAACCGUGGCGACAGUCUCAAGAGUCGCCGCUCCAGAAGCAACACCAGUGUCGCCUCUUCCAACUCCAGUCACAGCACUGAGCACCAGACUACAGGCUGCUUCGUGGUUGCCGGUGGCGGAUCGUAUCCGGGUUCAGCACGGACGUCAGCCACGGCUUCCCUUGCUUCGUCCCGUGAGUCGUCAUGUGCGUCUUGUCCCGGCAUCACAGCGCCCUACCGCGUCAUGAUGCUCGGUUCUGCCGGAGUUGGCAAGACCUCGCUCAUAUCUCAGUUCAUGACUUCCGAGUAUCUUCACGCUUAUGACACUUCGAUUGAUGACGAGUUUGGAGAGAAGUCAGUGUCUGUUCUUUUGGAUGGCGAAGAAAGCGAACUCACAUUCAUUGAUCAUCCAUCUUCUGAAAUGUCGCCAGAGGAUUGCCUGACUGCGUAUUCGUCGGCACAUGCGUUCUGUGUGGUCUAUUCAACUUCUGACAGAGUCAGCUUUCAACAGGCCGAAGAAUCAUUGCAAGCCUUGUGGAAGAUGGAUAAUAUAAGGUUGAAAGCCGUCAUACUUGUGGGUAAUAAGACAGACCUAGUAAGGAGCAGAGUAGUAUCAACUCAAGAUGGCAAGGUGAUGGCUACAAACUAUGACUGCAAAUUCAUCGAGACGUCAGUCGGCAUAAACCACAAUGUUGACGAGCUGUUGGUUGGCAUCCUGACUCAGAUACGCCUGAAGCAAGACAAUCCGGCUGAGGCGAUAGACUCGCACCGCCAGAGAGGAAGGAGCAGAUCGCCACUGGGAGGUGGUGGUGGUGUUGGAGUUGGUGGAGGUGGCUUCCGCAAGUACAGGGGUCAGCGUACCUCUGCUAGUCUCAAGGUCAAAGGCCUUCUCAGCAAAGUCUGGGCCAGGGACUCAAAGUCCAAGUCCUGCGAAAAUUUGCAUGUCCUUUAGGCUAUCAUUGUUAGGUGAAAUCUUUGACUAUAGACAGAUGUCUAUAGUCAAAGGUGAAAUGCAUCACUCAUUAAUUUUGCAGCAUUUUGUCAGCUGGGAGAGUGAACUGAAUUACUCCAAGGCUAGUCGAAAUUAUAAUAAUUAAUUUCCUUCAAAACUUUAUUACUCUAAAGGUAUGUCCACACAUGCCGAACCGAAUCACGAACAGCGCAGCGAACCGCGCAGCUGGAAGCUCGCUGUGCAUCGAACCGCGCAGUGAAUUUAACAAAAAUAAUGCAAUCACCUGGUAAAUAUUUUCCAAUUUCAAUAAUACUCUGUUAAUUUAUUCCACUAAUGUUUUUACUGAUUUCAGUGACAUUCUAUUCAAAUUCCAUAUCGAAGUGAUAAAAAUAUUUGUCAUUAAAUCAUAAAUAACCAGGCUUUAAUGUGAGCCACCUCGAAUUUGAAUUAUCAGAACAAUUGUAAUUUGCCUUAAUACGCAUUUGAAUUGGAAAAAUUGAUCAUAGUCAUCAUUAAUUGAGAGUGCAAACACAACCGGGUCCACCACAACUAGGUCUUCAUAACUAGAGAACAUUGACUCAAUAUAAACAUUUAUAUCGUUGUCACUCAUGCCAUUAAUGAAUGAGGACAAUCGUUCAGUCACUGUACAGUCCUGGAAUUAGACGAUGUAUUUGUCAUUAUCAGUUUGAGUCCCUGUGUCCUUGGCACUUGGAGCGUCAUCGAGCUGCAUCAGUUGGAGAUCGUGAUCAGUAGAUCUAUUGAAAACCGCAUUCCGUUGUACAUCUAACUCCCGAAAUUGACUUUUCAAAUGUUCAUUUUCUUCCUCCAGUAUCGAUAAUUUUUCAAUCAAAGAUUCAUGAGCAGCGCUGUCAGAGAUAGAUGAUUGAUAGAAGCUUAAUAAUUGUUCAGCAGCGUCGCUAAUAUGUGAAAUAAUUGGAGAAACAAAUAGUGGAGUCGAAACAUGAUCUGGGCAUUCAUUAUGAUUUUUGUGUACACCACAUACCUCUACAGUUCCAUCACACGAAUUUUUGUUUUUAUAGAAGCCAAACACUCCUUAUAAAGGCACCUAGCAUUGCAUCUAGCAUUGGUCCCUGAGGGAUCAGGCUGGGGCUUGAGUUCCAAAGAGCUCUUUUCAGAAUUGGAGGUGUGUCGUUAACGAUACAUUUCUUUUCAACACUGUCAGCUAUCUUCUCUGAUACCCUCUACCUCCGCCACUCCACUGAGUUUUGACUCUAAUGGAAUGACAUUUUUGAACUUGUGCUUUGCGGGAUCCGGCAGCAGUUGAUUACAGUUUGAACCAUAAUAAUUAUCAACUCUGAAACAAAUACUCUCGUUUUCUUUCUCCUUCUUUUUGGCACUUGGCUAUAUGCCAAAGCUUACCUUUGUUGUCUCUUCAUUCAACAAUAUAGAUAAAUUUGAAUUAAUCAUUUAUAGCCGAAAGAUUGUUUUAUCUGCAUUUUUUUAUUGCGGAUGAUUCCCACAUGAGCUUUCAGUCUGUGCUUGGGUGAUGGGAUGAGAUGAUCAAACGUCAAUGUCUACUGACGGGACUCUAACCCACGACCAGGUAACACUAGCAGACUGAAUGAUGAGUAUAAUGUGCACAGAUAGAUAACCACAGGACUACUUCAUAAAUUAUAAAGAAUCAAUCGAAAAGAAUUAAAUCUUGAAAUUACUUCCUGUAUUUCCAGUGGGGUUCUUUUCUUUAAAAUUGUUUCAUAGUUUAUGAUCUCAAAAUGUCCAUUAACAGUCUGAUAUCCACACCAUGUUUUAUAAAUGUUUUUAUAUUGCUGCCACUUGUCACAUAUCUUACAACUGUUUGACAUGUGUGUUUUUAAAGAAAGUGACUAUGUUUUGUAAUUUUUUAUAAAAGACGCACACAUUAUUUCUGAAAUAUUUACAUUAUCAAUUAUCAUGUUUGUGACUGUGCCUUUGUAAUUUUUGUCAAUUCAGUUAGAAUUUUGUACAAAUAUUUUAGGGUAGAGUUUUCUAAUGAACAAUUGAUUUAAAAACAGCAGCGUUUAGUUUGCAUAGAUGAAGAGAUCUGUCAUAAAUUGGAAAUUUACAAUAAUUAUGAGAAGAUUACCGUAUUUUAAAAAGUAAUUUCAUUCACAUUUUCAAGUUGAUGUAAAGUGGACAUUUCUGCUGCGAAUAUUGUAAACUUGAAUAUUAAUUGUUGUUGCUUUAAUAUUAUAUCGGAAUAAUUGAUCGUAUAAAGUAGGUUAUUUAUUUGACAUCAACAUUCAGUUCCAUUGCAAUAUUAUACUUAAUAUACUAAAUACUUAUAUAAAUAAAGUUUGUCAAUUGAUUAUUUUUGUACUUGCUUUCUGUGAAAUCGAGCAUUUAUAUUAUAAUCUUGAUUUGCUAGUAUACCAGCGUAUUUGAAUAACGUACAUCAAUUAUUGUAAUAUUAAUUCAUUGCUGUUGAUAGUUUGUUUACUUGGAUUAACUAGCUCGUAAUUGGAGAAGAAAAACUGUAGGAAUGACUUCCCGAUCGAUGUCAUGUUUUGUCACUAAUAAUAUUGUUACCUUCAUUGUAGAAAAUAUUCAUCCUUAUGAGUGAAUCACUAACUAUACCGUACGGUACAGAUGGUUCAAAGCACAGUUCAUCUUCCAAUCCCAAUUCAUAAAUAAUAAUUCCAUGCCUCAGAAUUGAAUUCACAUUUUAAGUGUUAUAUCGAGUCGAGGGUGGAAACUACUGAAUGAUAUAAUAGUAAUAUAAAUUCCUCGGUUUGUCAUGCGACUAUCUGAGCUGCAAUUAGUCUGAGUUGAUGUUAAUAGCACUGUUACAAUACAAUUAUAUUUUAAUUCAACCAUCUUAAUUCAUCUUUAUCUAUGUUUCUUUAAAUAUUAUAUUUACAUGAUUUUUUAUAAAGGUUAAUGAGGAAAUGAAUUUGGUUUUGCAUAAGAACAUAAGUAUUAUUAUUUUAAGCAGUUACAGGGGACUCUUUAACCCCAACAUGGUAGAAUUCUCAAGUUUUGAAGAAGCUUUUGUAGUUCUAAUUAUUUCUUAUCGAUAGUCUGAGAUCGAAAUUGACCACAAAUAAGACACCAAUGUUUUUAUAGUUGAGAUAGUGAUCUGAUUUUUAUAAAUAGGUAUGUAAGAAUGAUAUGCAAAUAAGUAUAGUGUAAAUGGACAAGUUGGAUGGAUUGUUUUUGCUUAAGUCCUAUUCGAAUAAGUUAGAACGAGAAAGUAGAGAAGCAUUGAACAAUUAGACGAAUAGCAACAUACAUUUCAUUUUGUAUACAUAUCAUGCAUUUAUUAGAACAUUUUAAACAUAAGCCUAUUAUCUCAUUUCAUUUCAAAAAAUAAAAAAAUUACUAACAAUCGUGCAAUGCCAUUCCAAUUGUGUUUUCAACUACAAAAAUGAUCAAUAUGGAAUUUAAUUUAUUUAUUAGAUAAGUGUUACUGUAUAAUAUUCUGAGAUCCUUCCUGAGUUGAUAUUUGAACAAAUACUUACUACAAGCUGUUUGCGAUGAGACACUAAGCACUAUAUCACAUAACAUCUAACCUGGAUUUUCUUCUUAUAUUAUUGAUUAUUAGUACUUUCAUAUCAAUAGAUAAACUUAUAACAGUAUGAAGUAAUUAUUAUCAAUACUUAUAAUACUGUAUUCGCCUACUAGCGGUAAAUAUUCCCGAGCAUUUUAUUGCAUUGUCUGCAAAUUGAAAACAUGAUUCAUUUUAAAUUUUCAUAUAAACUGAAAACUAUCCUAGCAGUAUCUCAUUUAAUUUUCUUUUAUUUUGUAUUGAGCAUACCAGGGUUCAUUUCGAUGAACCUUUCAAUGAUUUCAAGACGCAUUGAGUGUUUCACUAUAGUGUCUGAUUCUGGAAAAUUGACUUGAAAAGUCUCGUUUACACCUAUAACUUUUACGAAGAUGUUCACACGAUUUUAACUUGUGUAAACCUAAUGUUACGAUUUUCUAGCAUUCGUGGUCAAAUCAUUCAUGAAGUCUGAAAAGGUUUGAAACGAUAAAUUGAACAUAGCACAGAAGAAAAUGCUUCUUCUUCUUCUUCUAUCCAACGCCCGUCCUUGGCUGUUCAGCCAUUAGACGCCUUGCCGUCCAGUAGAGCUUUGCUUUCCCUUCCAUAGUGUUGCUUUCGUCCUUCAAAGCACUACACCAAGCCUGAUGGUCGGCUGUUCCCUCUCCAUCGUUGCACAAAAGGCAGAUUGGUGAGCUUGUAAGUCCUAUCUUCGUAGAUGGCUCUGGGAUGGCUUGUGUAGAUAGUCAUGCCCGGGGUCAGGCCCGGCCCCAGGGGUGGGCAGACCGGGCGGCCGCCCAGGGCGGCAGGUUUUGGGGGCAGCAAAUUUAAAGGAACGGAA